AUGUCACAAAGUCGCGAAGAUUCCGUUUACUUGGCCAAGCUGGCUGAACAGGCCGAGCGUUACGAGGAAAUGGUGGACAGCAUGAAGGCCGUAGCGUCUUCUGGCCAGGAACUCUCUGUAGAAGAGCGUAACUUGCUGUCGGUCGCCUACAAGAACGUAAUCGGUGCCCGCCGUGCGUCGUGGAGAAUUGUCUCCUCGAUCGAGCAGAAAGAAGAAGCCAAAGAGAAGUCCGAACACCAGGUCAAACUCAUUCGCAACUACCGUUCCAAGAUCGAGUCCGAGCUCACCAAGAUUUGCGACGACAUUCUAUCCGUGCUCGACACUCAUUUGAUCCCCUCUGCCACCACCGGCGAGUCCAAGGUGUUUUACUACAAGAUGAAGGGUGAUUACCACCGUUACUUGGCUGAGUUCUCCUCCGGCGAAGUCAGAGACGGCGCCACCAACGCCUCUCUAGAAGCUUACAAGACCGCCUCCGAAAUUGCCACCACUGAACUGCCUCCAACCCACCCAAUCCGCUUGGGUUUGGCUUUGAACUUCUCUGUGUUCUACUACGAAAUCCAGAACUCUCCAGACAAAGCUUGCCAUUUGGCCAAGCAGGCCUUUGACGACGCCAUUGCCGAACUUGACACACUGUCUGAAGAAUCUUACAAAGAUAGCACAUUGAUCAUGCAAUUGUUGAGGGAUAACCUAACUUUGUGGACCUCCGACAUGUCCGAAGCCGGCCAGGACGAGCAACAGCAUGCUGAAGGUGCUCAGGAGUAA